CCUUCUCGUAUAGUCACCAAAUUUUUCUCUUAGAAACAAACGAUCCCUAGCUUAAGGGUUUAGUUUCAGAAUUAAUGGGUAAGAGUUCUUCCAUGGUAGUAGCAGAGAAGAUCUCUUGGUACUGCGCUGUGUUUGCGUCCAUGAUGCUGCUGAUGAACUUCUGUCACGUAGCAGAGGAGGGUUCAACGGCGAUCGUGCAGAAACAACAGCCGACGACGACGAUGAUGAUCGCCGGAUAUUCUGAUCGACGGCCAGCAUGCGAUGAGAUAUAUGAGGUGAAAGAAGGAGAGACGUUGCAGACGAUAAGUGAGAAGUGUGGAGACCCUUACAUCGUUGAAGGGAAUCCUCAUAUACAUGACCACGAUGAUCUUUUCCCUGGUCUUCUCAUUAGAAUCACUCCUACAUUUUAAUCUCAAGUGAUGAUGUUUCUUGAUGUAUAAAUCUUAUAUUGUUAAUUGUGUAACAUAUGAUUGUUAUUUUGGAAUCAAACACACACACAAAAAAGAAGCCAAAUAACAAAAUUUUGGUGGAUGGCGAAAUUUACUAAUGAAGCCAAAAAAUUCAUAGUAUCGAUCUUUUCUUUUCAUAACUAAUAAUAUUAGAUUUCCCA